AAAAGUAAAGAAAUUUCAAAAAUUUAGCAAUUGCUUCUAAUUCUGCAAACAUGAAGUAUUUCUUAUUGGUUGCUUUGUUCGCUGUGGCAGCUACUGCCUAUGUUCUUCCCGAAGAGGAACGUGUUAAUGGUGAAAAUGGUUGGUAUGUACCCCGCCUAGAUGAUACCUUUGAAUGGGUUGAUAUGGAAGAAGCUGAUGCCUAUCUCGAAAGUAUGCAAGUUAUGGAAGGUCGUUUGUCAACCAAUCCUGUUACUUUCUACUUGUACACCAAGAAAAAUCCCACUACUCCUCAGGAAAUUACUGCCUCCAAAAAAACCAUUGGUGCCUCUAACUUCAAUGCCAAACACCCCACUCGCAUUUCCAUUCAUGGCUGGAAAUCCGGCAAAGAUGAGUUUAUUAACUCUGGUGUUCGUGAGGCUUGGUUAUCCAAAGGUGAAUACAAUUUCAUUUUCGUAGACUGGGGCCGUGCCCGCUCUGUGGAUUAUGCUUCCUCCGUUUUGGCUGUUUCGGGUGUUGGUGAAAAAGUUGCCGCUUUGGUUGAUUUCUUGGUCAAGAAUUACGGUUUGAAAUUGGAUACUUUGGAAAUUAUUGGUCACAGCUUGGGUGCUCAUGUUGCUGGCUUCACAGGCAAGAACAUUAAAUCCGGUAAAGCUCACACCAUUGUAGGUUUGGAUCCUGCUCUGCCCCUGUUCCACUAUGACAAACCCGACAAACGCUUGUCCAGCACUGAUGCCAACUAUGUUGAAUCUAUCCAAACUAAUGGCGGUAAAUUGGGUUUCUUAAAACCCAUUGGCAAGGGUGCUUUCUAUCCUAAUGGUGGCCAAUCUCAACCUGGUUGUGGUGUUGAUCUCACCGGUUCCUGCUCUCACAGCCGUUCUAUUGUCUAUUAUGCCGAAGCCGUGAAAAAGGAUGAUUUCUCUACCAUCAAGUGCUCCAACUAUGAAGAUGCUGUUGCCAAGAAGUGCGGCUCCACCUAUAGCAACAUUCGCAUGGGUGCCGUCAUUAAUGCUUAUAUGGUUGCUGGUGAUUUCUAUGUCCCUGUCAACAAAAAUGCUCCCUAUGGCAAAUUAGCUUAAGAUUUAAUAAAUAUUUUAUAUUUACAAUAAAACUCUUAAAUAUUUUUACUCUACAUAUA